AUGGGAGGUUUGAAAGAUCUUGGGGAAACAACGUUGCAAAGCAGUACUAUACCCAACCAGUAUCAGCCUGCCUGCGAAGAGGAUGCCAGAGCCGAACAUGUUCCCACUUCUCAGGACAGUCAGCCAGCAGUAUCAAGUUGCCACGGUACAUCUAAAGGGGGCAAUUUUUGUCCAUCUUUCUGCCAACGCACAGGACUGCAGCGAAAUCAGUUGGUACUGGCUGACUUUGGCUUUGUGCCUAUGUUGCAUGAUGCAAACAGAUGGACAUUCUGCGCCGGCAAAAUGGUGUCCUACAUUGCCGCAUUUGCCAAGACGGCAUCCACUGACUUCAUCGCGCCGUACAACCUACAGUCCCCUCUAACUGCUGCACUAGGAGUAUGCGCCGCUCAUGAGACUCUGACUGGGCCAAGUCGUGUGGUUCUUGAUAACCUUAUUGAAGCUGAGAUAGAGAAUCUGAUUUGGCAUGUACCACAGCGAACAACACUAUCGGUAACUGAUCUACCAACCUCCGGAGAUAUCAAUAAUUUUACUCCGGUAGAUGACCUGCAGCUUUUCAGAGAAGAACUUGCUCGGGUGCAGGCUAUGACGCUGUAUCAUAUCAUAAGAUCGUUUGGCAGUGAUGCCGCACAAAGACGUGAAGCGGCACGAAAUGAGCCAUUGCUCGCAGCUUGGACUACAUCGCUGCAAGGGCGAAUACAUAAACUCUACUGUACAAUGGAUCAGAAUAUACGAAAUCACGCAGUCUCGAGCUUUUCACCGUUUUUAAGACCUGACCAGAACACAUGGGUACCUACAAACGGGCAGUAUAGCCAAUUUGAUGAUCGCAGCUUUGAUUCGGGUCCACUCAGAGAAGAUGAACUUGAAAUCGCGCAUCGUACUAUUCUUAUAUCUUACUUCGUGCGAGCUACCCAUAUGGUAGUUACGUUUGGGAUUUGCCCUCUAAUAUCGGAGCUCGAGUCUUUGAUGGUGUCUGUACCUGCGAGCGUGAGAGGGCGGAAACCCAGCUUAGGAAGCGGCAAUCUGUUUCCAUCUUGCAUCUUCUCAUCCUUGGGCCUCCAAGAGUCUGAUGCUUCAAGACUCUCAUACAAAGACCUUCUUGGGCUAUGGGAGCAGGGCUACAUGACUUCUUCGGAUUUGAAAGAUGAUUAUACCCAGCUGCUACUGGUUGCUUGUAAGGGAGUUGACAUCCUUUCGAGCGAUGCUGGGGGAUUUUAA